AUGCAAGAAUUGCGGACCAAUAUAAAUCCGGUGCGAAGUUUUGAUCUACCCGAGGAAGCUCCGCGAGCCCGACUCAUUUCGACCGAUUUUUUGGGAAUUAAACGAGAGAAGAAGAAGGUUAAUGUUAUGGUGAAGGUGAGUUAGACUAAGUACCGGGUUUUCCAAAUCUAUAUUCUAGGACAAUGGUCAUGGAAUGGCGGAGUUUCGUCGAUGGAGAUUGGCCGAAUUGACAGACCGUGAAAUGCUUUCGAGUACCGAAGUUAAGCAAUCAGUGAAAUCGCCAUUUGGGGCCGAGGAGAGAAAUAUUGGCGAAUUCUUCCCGACUCGACGGAUUUUGGUGUAA